GGCCGCCAAACGUCACCUGCCAAUGACGAACAUCGAUCGUAUAAUUUGUGGAACGAGGCCAACACAAACAAACAUUGGAUAAGCGAGUACGUGUGAUUGGCUGCCGCCCCAGUCUUUCUCUUGGCGAGGGUUGGCGUGGACGCGUUUCAUAGCACAUUUUUUGUGACUUUUCAUAGAAUGUCGUGGUCAAACGAUGUAGUUUUGGAAUUUCUGGACCUUUAUCGCAGAGAACAACUUCUUUGGGACCCAAAACACCCACAUCAUAGAAACAGAAGCGAAGUUUCCGAUGCUUGGCUUCGAAUACAGACGUCUUUGAGCAUAAAUUGUUCGGUCACUGACCUCAAGAAGAAGAAAGAAUCGCUAAUGACAUCUUUCAGAAUGCAUUGGAACAAAAAAAAGAAGUCGCAAGAUUCAUACCAUACGACAUGGUUCGCAUAUCCUAUGAUGGAAAGUUUUCUCGGCGGGAAAUAUGAAUGUGAUAGUACUCAAAUGGAACAUGAGUUCUUCGUAAAUACGGCAUACACGACCCCUCCGGCAAUACCAGACCACACCGCUCCUCGCAACCAUGGUCCAGUGGAAAGGACUCCCACCAACAGACCGACGAGACAGUCAGCUCCCAACCCCACAGACAAAACAACAGGAUUUGACACAGCCACAGAUAUGUUCUACGCUAAAAAGCAAAUGGACGAAGCCGUUACGUACUUAAAGAAAGCUACUACAGAGAAAAGAGACAUGGAUGAAUACGAUCUGUACGGUCAGCUAUUAGCUAAAAAGCUGAGAAAACUAGAUGAGCAUCAGAGAGACGUGGCUAUGCAUGAAAUAGACAAUAUAAUGUUCCGCGCGAAGAUGCAAAGCGGGCCUUCGCAGUCCAGAAGUUACUCCUCUUCCCCGUCUCCUGUGCCAAGGAAGAUGAAGUCUCCAGUCUUUAUCGUAACUCAGCAGAAUCAUGCGCAGUAUGAAGACGAGAAUAUACAGUACCAGGACCAUUUGUCAGGACAACCGCCGCCUUAAAAUGUUGUCAAUAUUAUGUGGGAUUGUUUUAAGCUUUUUAAAAGCUGGAAUUGGCUGAAGAAACGAACGGCCAACCUGACCAAACGAUUGGUGAUAUUUUAAAUUGGUG